AGAAAAAAAGACAAAAACAGACUCUUAAAUACAUAUAAACUGGUGGCUGCCAGAGAUGAGGUAGAUGAGGGGAGGGAUAGAAUAAAUAAAAAAGAUUAAGAGUACACUUAUCUAGAUGAUCACAGAGAAAUAUAUAGAAUUGUUGAAUUAUUAUAUUUCACACCUGAAACUAAUAUAACACUGUAUGCUAAUUAUUCUUCAAUAAAAAAAAACCUAACACAAAAUAUAGUAUGUGCAAUAUUGCACUGUCAGAAAAAGAAAAAAACCCAACUCAGUAGCAAGCAAAGCCAAUGCUGAGGGGAAAAAAAAAGAUUAACAUUAGCAGAGUAAUACCAGUUAGGAGACUUAUUAGGAUUAAGAGAGUUGUAUCUCUUCCAAAGUCUAGUUCUGAGACUCUCAAGGUUCUGAGACCAUCUGGAAGACUCCCUUAUUAAAUCAAGCUAAACUAAUUAAUUAACAACAACAAAAAAGCCCUGGACUGGGAAAAAUCAGGUCCAUAGUGUCUUACUCCUGACUUGGUCACUUGUUUGCUACAGGACAAAAAAAGUAAAAGUGAGUUUAUCUAAUUGAUUAGCAAGAGCUCUUUAUUUAUUAUAAAUGUUAACCCCUUGUUAUAUGUUAUAAGUUCCCCUUACUGUUUCUUAUAUGCUCAGCAUUAUGUUAGAAGUUGCAGAUUAGCUAAAGAGGUGAUUGAUCAUUUACUACGUAAAAAGAAUGGGUGUUAAGUAAUGUAUUUUGAGCAUUUCUAGGUUGCUUUAUGUGUAUUAACAUGUUGAAUCUUCAACAACCCUAAGCGGGUAGAUACUCUUAUCAGAUUAAAGAAAAAAAAUGGGGCACUGAGAAGUUAAGUCUUCUGCCCAGGAUCUCAUAGCAGAAGAAAGAGGUGGGAUUCCACUCAAGUAGUAUGGCUCCACAGCCCAUUGCUCUUAACCACUGUGAUUCACUGCCUCAAUAGAUUCAUUUAGAUGAGCAGGCUUUGAAAUGUAUUAAAGGUUUGGAACGAUUUAUACACAACCAGAGGGAAUCUAACCUCUGAAUAGACCAGGACACUGAGAAUAAAUUUUUAAGGAACUUCUUAAAAGGCAAAGUGGAGCUGAGAGCAUUGAAGGAAAGUGAUUAGAGAUUUCUAUCCCCAAAAGCUUGCUCCUGUGUAGCCCAGUUCAGUGGAAGAAAGUUGAGUUUCCUUGUAGCCAAUCACUGGAGAUUCAUCAGGGGGUGGGAAGGUUGCAAAAGAAUGAAGUAAGAGUACACUUGGACAUCUUCCAGGUAAGCUGUGUCAUUACAUGAGUUCUACACAUGAAAACCUCAAAACAACCCGGUGUGGAGGGGGGUUGCUAGGUAGAGCACACACAUCUGGGUGGGAUGGUUCUGGCCUAUGGACUUGUCCUACUUUGAGGUCAUUGCUCCCUGAUCCCCACACUCAGCCUGCUGCAGCCUUCACCCUAAGCCUCCACCAUCUUCACAGCUUGGCUUGAAGAGCUGUAGUCAGGUUGUGGAUCAGAUCAUGAUGCCUUUCUCCCUGGGGUUCCUAAUGGCAGCUGGAAGCCAUGUGGGCAGUGCUUACCAUCUCUCCCCCCAAAAAUGGCUGCAUUCACUCCUCUUCCAAACGUUUACUCUAAUUUAUUUAGCCUUGGUUGGGGAGAACAUAAAGAUGACCAGAUGGUGUCCAUCUCUCCAAGUAUGCUCCCUAAGCAGAACAUUUUAGAAGGGAGAGGCCCUGUGGUGGGAAAGGCAGCAGAAUUCAGGGGAAGACAAUAGUUGCAGUAACAUUUGGGGGUGGGGGAAAACAGGGAGACAAUGAACCUUCCACUUCCAAUUUGGGUUUUUGAUUGCUAGCUCAAAAUAUUGCAGUUUUCAGUAGGGAUUUUUUUGUUUGUACUUGAGAACCUUGAAUUUGUGAUGUGGAUCUCUAGAGGUUUCUGGGUUAGAAUUUGACAUUGUACUUGGGCUCAUUUUUAUUUCAAAGCUGUGAAAGCUGCUGAGACAUGUCUCCAUCACCUUUACUUUUUCCACCCCACACAGGAUGUAAGCACAUGAUCUUUGGUCUUUUAUUUGCAUACUCUACUAGUCCUGUCUUCAUUGGAGGGAAGUAACUGGCCAGACCUAGGCUAUCUUGCUGGCUACCUUCCUUGCUGGGCUCCAACUUAUCUCCUAUGUACACAGCCCUUGGAGUUCAGAGGCCUCUGCUGACCUCUGCCCAACCUCUCUCUCUCUCUCUCUCUCUCUCUCUCUCUCUCUCUCUCUCUCUCUCUCUGUCACUCUGCGCCCAAGCCCCCACUGGUACAUACAGGCACAGAGGCAGGCAAGUCAGGCAAGGACUAGGAAAGAGGAGAGGGGGCUGGAUACAGGCUGCCAGAGGGCUCAGAAGCCCAGUGCACCUCCCUGUCCCAACUCUGUCCACCUGCUGCUGUGGCCACAGCAACAGAAGAGAUAGCUAGUAAGGCAGGAGUGAGGCCCAGUACCUUGUGGACAGUGGUGUCAUUAGCUGUGAUGCCUAAGAUGUCUCGAGAGAUGGAAGAGCUCACCCAAACCAGGUUGCAGAAGAUCUGGAUUCCACAUAGCAGUGGCGGCAGCGGGUUACAACGGAGGAGGGGCUCAUCAGUACCCCAGUUUACCAAUUCCCCCACAAUGGUGAUCAUGGUUGGCUUACCAGCUCGAGGAAAGACCUACAUCUCCACGAAGCUCACGCGAUAUCUCAACUGGAUAGGAACACCAACUAAAGUGUUUAAUUUAGGCCAGUACCGACGAGAGGCAGUGAGCUACAAGAACUAUGAAUUCUUUCUUCCAGACAACAUGGAGGCCCUACUUAUCAGGAAGCAGUGUGCCCUGGCAGCCCUGAAGGAUGUCCAUAACUAUCUCAGCCAUGAGGAAGGUCAUGUUGCGGUUUUUGAUGCCACCAACACUACUAGAGAACGACGGUCACUAAUUCUGCAGUUUGCGAAAGAACACGGUUACAAGGUCUUUUUCAUUGAGUCCAUCUGUAAUGACCCUGGCAUCAUUGCAGAAAACAUCAGGCAAGUAAAACUUGGAAGCCCUGAUUACAUAGACUGUGACCGGGAAAAGGUUCUGGAAGACUUUCUAAAGAGAAUUGAGUGCUAUGAGGUCAACUACCAACCCUUGGAUGAUGAACUGGACAGCCAUCUCUCCUACAUCAAGAUCUUCGAUGUGGGCACACGCUACAUGGUGAACCGAGUGCAAGACCACAUCCAGAGCCGCACAGUCUACUAUCUCAUGAACAUCCAUGUCACACCCCGCUCCAUCUACCUAUGCCGGCAUGGUGAGAGUGAACUAAACCUCAGAGGCCGCAUUGGAGGUGACUCUGGCCUCUCAGCUCGGGGCAAGCAGUAUGCUUAUGCCCUGGCCAACUUCAUUCAGUCUCAGGGCAUCAGCUCCCUGAAGGUGUGGACCAGCCACAUGAAGAGGACUAUCCAGACAGCUGAGGCCCUGGGUGUUCCUUAUGAGCAGUGGAAGGCCCUGAACGAAAUUGAUGCGGGUGUCUGUGAGGAGAUGACCUAUGAAGAAAUCCAGGAACACUACCCUGAGGAAUUUGCACUACGGGACCAAGAUAAAUAUCGCUACCGCUAUCCCAAGGGAGAGUCCUAUGAGGAUCUGGUUCAGCGUCUGGAGCCAGUUAUAAUGGAGCUAGAACGGCAGGAAAAUGUACUGGUGAUCUGCCACCAGGCUGUCAUGCGGUGCCUCCUGGCCUACUUCUUGGAUAAGAGCUCAGAUGAGCUGCCAUAUCUCAAGUGUCCUUUGCACACAGUGCUUAAACUCACACCUGUGGCUUAUGGCUGCAAAGUGGAGUCCAUCUACCUGAAUGUGGAAGCUGUAAACACACACCGGGAGAAACCUGAGAAUGUGGACAUCACCCGAGAACCUGAGGAAGCCCUGGACACUGUCCCUGCCCAUUACUGAGCCCUUUCCAAGAAGUCAAACUGCCUUUGUCUCCACUGUUUCCCACCUUUAAGUGCUGCUUACCUUGCACUUCUCUUACCUCAAGACGCUGGACUUGGUCUUACUAGAAGACCCCUGCUUCUAGUGAAGAAGCCCUCAGCAUCUCCAAAACAGGCCUCGAUUUCCAGCUACAACCAAGGAGCUGUCUAGUUAUGAAUGAAGCUUUUUCUUUCUUAAUUCCUAGUUCCUUAUCAAUAAAGCCUUCUCUUGCUGCCUACAA